UUAUCAUUUUUCAGUCUAAAUCAAAAGAAAAAAAGAUAGAGGAUAGUCCAUCAGUUGCCCUGGAUCCAAAAAAGAAUACUGGAAUUUUAAAGAAUGUGCAUCAACACUUAAUUUACUUGACUCAUCGUCUCCUGCUGUCAAAAGAGGAAAAGAGAGAGAGAAACCCAAAACUAAGAAAUUAACUCAUUUGAAAAAGAUUAUUUUAAUGGAUCGAAAGAUUAGGAAAGAGCAAUUUCUUCAGUUACAGAAGUUUAUUCAAGCAGAUUCCAAUGAAGAACACGAAAAUGGUGUAGAUGAAGACGAAUGUAAUUCUAGUGGAUGUGAAACAGUUGUAUUCUCUGAAAUUUCAAAUGGGGGUAAUAUGAAGAACGAUGGCACUUUGAUAUCAUCUAUGGAAAAUACAGUUGAGGAAAAAUGUCAAGAACCAUGUUUAUCUCCGUUGCUGGAAAAAGAUAAAAAUUUGCAAAAAGAGUUUGACGAUGUUACUGCAUCUAAAAAAAAUCAUUGUAUCAUCGAUACAAAAGAAACAUUCAUAGAUUCAUCAGGUGAUAAAUGUCAGUGUUUACAUUCCUCUGGAAAUAAAAAAAAUGUUAUUGGUAAAUGUGAUUUGGAAGUUAGUUUAUUUACUGAUAAUUCUAGCAUUGAAAGCACACCCACAAAUGACGAUUGUCAAGAAAAUAAUAUUCUGGAAUUCAAGAAAUCAGAGGUAGAACUUUCUGAAAAUCAAGUUACGACUCUUAGUGAUGUUGAUAAAAAUAACUUUAAAUGUGUUAAUAUGGUAAAUUACCAGAGUAAUAUUUUGACAGCUGUUAAUGAUAGUAUCACAGAAAGUGAGAAAAGCAUACCUUAUGAUUCUGAAUUAGAUGAAGGUAAAAGAUCAAAUUCUUUUGAAACUGGAACUAAUUUAUCAAGUACAGAGCAUAAUUCUGAUAAACUGGAAGGAAACUGCUCUUAUGAAGAAAAGAUUCAAGCUGCAAAAAUUGUAAUUCAUACUCGUAAUUUUAGAGAGUAUUGUGAUCAUCUCAUAAGUAAAGAUAUAGAUGACACUGUGCAUGUUUUGUUGGAAGAUCUCGUUCGUUUCCAAGACAGAAUGCAUCAAAAGGAUCCUGUCAAGGCUCGAAUGAAACGCCGUUUGGUAUUUGGGAUCAAAGAAGUGAAAAAGUAUAUCAAAUUGAAGAAAUUGAAGUGCAUUAUCAUGGCAACUGACAUAGAAAAUGUAGUAACUGAAGGAGGUUUAAAUGAUGUUUUGGGGGCUAUAAAAUCUUCAGCUGCUGAUCACCAUGUUCCAUGUAUUUAUGCCCUCAGCAGGAAAUGUUUAGGUAAAGUGUGCCACAAGCCAGUUCCUGUAAGUUGUAUUGGUGUUUUCAACUAUGAAGGAUCAGAGGUAAAUUUUAAGAAAAUGCUAGAGCUUCAGUGUGAGAGUAUGAAUGAUUAUAAAGAAAUUUUAAGUAAAAUAGCAUCAGAAUUAUCUGAUGAUGUAAUACAUAAAUUGUUAUGGGCACGGAAAGCAGCUCCUGAAACUCUGCAUGAUAUGAGAACAGAAAUAUUGAGGAAAAUUUUUCUUUCAGAAAAUAUCCAAAUACAAGAAGAAAUUUCCACAAAUGUGGAAAACUAAUGUUUUGAUGAGCAUAUGUCACAUAAAACAUAUUUACAUAUUUUUAAAAUAAACUUUUUAGAAUAAAUGUAAAUAUUUAUUUAAUCAAUAUAUAUAUCCAUGUGAUAAUUCAUAUCAGUUGCCUUAUUGAUAUUGCUGACUAUUUUGAUAUUUGAUAUAUAUGUAUACAUAUGUAAUAUUAAAGUCAAAGUUUUGAAUGCAUGAGUAUUAGUACAAUUUUUCAUUUACCCCUAUUUUAUUUUCAUAUAUGGUUGGAAUAUAUAUUCAUUUUAGAGCAAGUUCUCAGAAAUCUUAACCAAUUUACAAAAUUUUACUACAUGUAACAAUGUAAUUUUUUUCCAAUUUUAUUAGUUCAUGUUGAGUAAAUUCUAGUGGUUAAUUUUUAACAUUUUUGCCAUUAUUAUGUGCAUUCAUAAAAUAUUAUACAAGCUGAAAAUUCUCUCAGUUAAUUAUUUUUUAUGGAUCAAGUGUCACUUGAUUUGCUACUAAAUAUAAAAAUAAAAGCUGAAUUUAAAUUUCAUUAGAUAAAUUAUUAUACUAUCUUGUGUUAAUGCUAUUGUGACAGAUUAUUAUGAUUAGCAUGUAUUACAGUCUGUAAGUUAGUGGAUAUUUGUUAUUUUUUUUUAAAUAAUCAAUAAAGUAAUAAAAUUCUUGUAAAAUUAGUAGUAGACAAUAUUGUAUGUUUUUUAUAAUUUAUUUAUUUCUAUCGUGCAAAGAAUGUAAUGUACAGGAGCAUCUAUCAACACAUAGCAUUUAGUCAUUCUUACUUCUUUGAAAUUAAAGAAUAUCCUUUGAAUGGAGAUGUAUAGUAAAAAAAAAAAAAAAAAAA